AUGAGCAGUGGCUUCGAUCUCUGCGAGCAGAUUACUCAGGCCGUUCGUGGCCGUUACGAGACCUGGACCUUCAUUCGCGGUUUCACCUCUCACUGGGUAACUCCGCUACAGGAGGGUGAUGGACACAGUGAAACAGACCUAGCAACUGCUCAGGAGCGGUUAGGCAUUCAAUUUCCCGCAGCAUUAAAGGAGGCAUAUGCACUCUUUGGUCGCCGUUCAGAUCUCACUCGCAAUCGAGAAUAUCUGCUGGAACCAACAGCCCUCUACCUUGACCAUGGUGCCUUGAUAUUCCGACACGAGAACCAAGGUGCCUCAAUCUGGGGAAUCUUGAUAGCAGACCUGCAGAAUCCCGAUCCUCCUGUGUAUCACUGUUCGUGUAGAGUGGAUAACAUAAUGGAGGAUUGGGGAAUCUGGUUGGGACGAUUCUCUCUUGCGUGCGUCGAUCUCGUCCUGUGGGAAUCGUUGUAUGACCCGAGGAUGGCGACUGAAUCUCGCGAUAUCGAUGAUGAAGACCUGAAAUUGGUUGGCCAAUUGUACUCGGAGCUCCCCUCUUUCGAGGGAUCUGACAGCUAUACUCCCUUUGGCGUACGUUGGUUCACUGGAACUGAUCUCCUUCUUUGCGAUACGGGCAUGGAUCUCUCUGUCAGAGCCCGUACCCGGGAAACACUACGUUCCGUUCGCGAAAACCUCCCUGGAGAUUGGUUGAAUGAAUAA